AGAAAGCCUGCUCGCGAGAGGCGGCUCCCGGGAGCGAAGGCGAAGGAAGCGUCGCCGGGAGAGAGAGAGAGAUAAGAAGGGAAGCCGCGGCGACGGUUCGCCUGGACACCCGGGCUGGGGGAGUGUGUGUCUGAGGGAGAGAGAGAGAGGCUAGAAUGAAGCCAGCCAACUGAACCUCCGCUUCCACCCGCGGGCUGGGUCCCCCCCCACCCUCCCUCCCUGGCAGGACCAAAGAAGUUGGAGGCUGAUAAGCAAGAAAAGAGGGGAAAGAAACAGCACUGGUGGCGUCUUAAUGUAACUUGUGUCAGAGGUGAUCCGAGUCUGUCUUCGUCACAGACUCCCAAGAGCGCUCUCAAACCUGACUACCUGCCCUAUAAUUAUAUCCAAUAUGGCAGGCUCUAAUUACAGACGCACUGACCACAUCCUGUUGUUAGCCAUCUGUAAUCUGUGAGAUCGUAUUGCACAUUAGAGACGUCGGAUACUGAGCAAACACCAUCUUAAAUAUGACUGAAAACAAUUUUCCACCGCUCCCGAAGUUCAUUCCGUUGAAACCAUGUUUUUACCAGGAUUUUAAUGAAAUUCCAGAACCACACAAAGUCCUGGCAAAACGCAUUUACUACCUUUGGAUGCUGAACAGCAUCACACUUGCAGUGAAUCUGAUUGGCUGUCUAGCUUGGUUGAUUGGAGGAGGUGGAGCUGUCAACUUUGGACUGGCCUUUCUCUGGCUGAUUCUGUUCACACCAUGCUCUUAUGUUUGCUGGUUUAGACCAAUCUACAAAGCCUUCAAGUCAGAUAGUUCAUUCAAUUUUAUGGCAUUCUUCUUCACGUUCAUGGCCCAGCUGGUAAUCAGCAUUAUUCAAGCAGUGGGAAUCCCUGGCUGGGGAGUCUGUGGCUGGAUAGCUACAAUUUCCUUCUUUGGAACAAAUGCAGGCUCAGCGGUUGUGAUGCUCUUCCCAACUGUGAUGUUUACGGCAGUGGCUGUGCUGUCUUUCGUUGCUCUAACUAAGGUUCACAACUAUUACCGUGGCAGCGGUGGCAGCAUGAGCAAGGCACAAGAGGAAUGGACCACUGGCGCGUGGAAGAACCCACAUGUACAACAGGCAGCCCAGCAGGCUGCUGUCGGCGCAGUGCAAGGGACCAUGCAAAGCCCGCAGUACUCGGACACUCCCAACUACGCUUACAACAACCAGAUGAUGUGACCAAGCCAGCAUUUGUCCAUCCCUAAUGGCCCCAGAGGGCACUUGAGAGCCAGCCACAUUGCUGUGGAGUCUGGAGUCACAUGAAGAGGACGUCACUGGCUAGGCCAGCUUUU